CUCCCGGGCUUCUCCCUGCCCCGCGCCGCCAUUUUGUUGCUGUGAGACGAGCAUUAGCGGCGGCGGUGGCGGCGCCGGUCCACUGUCACCUUGCAACCUUCCCUUCCUCACUCCCAGCCGCAGCCGCAGCUGUAGGUCAGUCGGUGGCAUCGACACCAGCCCGCUAUCGCGCCUCUAGCAGGGACGGAGCCCGUCACACCUGCCGCUCGCUGCCCGCCACCGUGGAGCCGCCGUACGCCUACAACCCGCCGCCCGUCAGUCUCAUGGAGCAGCCCAUGGUGGCCGCGGGCUCCGAGGAGUUUCCCGAGGGAGCCAAGAUCAACGCCAGCAAAAACCAGGAGGACGAAGGAAAAAUGUUCAUUGGGGGCCUUAGCUGGGAUACAAGCAAGAAGGAUUUGACAGAUUACUUGUCCAGGUUCGGUGAAGUAGUGGACUGUACCAUAAAAAUGGACGCGGUGACGGGACGGUCAAGAGGAUUUGGUUUUGUACUAUUCAGAGAACCUGCAAGUGUGGACAGGGUGUUGGAACUGAAGGAACACAAGCUUGAUGGGAGGCUUAUUGACCCCAAAAGAGCAAAGGCAAUAAAAGGCAAGGAGCCAGCUAAGAAAGUUUUUGUUGGUGGCCUAAGUCCUGAUGUGCCCGAAGAAAUGGUUAAAGACUAUUUUGGAGCAUAUGGAGAGAUUGAAGGCAUUGAACUUCCCAUUGACAACAAGACGAAUGAACGGAGAGGAUUCUGCUUUAUCACAUUCAAGGAAGAAGAACCAGUGAAAAGGCUUUUGGAGAAUAAGUAUCACAAUAUAGGCUCAAGCAAGUGUGAAAUUAAAGUGGCACAGCCCAAGGAAGUCUACAGGCAGCAGCAGCAACGAGGAGGCAGAGGUGGAGGUGGGUUUGGUGGAAGAGGUCGCGGUAGAGGGGGACAAAAUCAGAACUGGAACCAGGGAUACAACAGCUACUGGAAUCAAGGUUAUAGUAGUUACAACAAUGGCUAUAGCAAUCCAGGUUACAAUGGAUAUGGAGGUUAUGAUUACUCUGGGUAUAACUACAACAACUACGGAUAUGCUCCAGAAUAUGAUACCUACAAUACAAAUGUGCCUCCUGAUGGUCAAUCAAGGAACGGCAUUGAUGGUCGUGGAGAAGUCUGCGGCCUGGACUGCCUCACCCUCUCUGCUGAAGGAGGCUGUUUAGAGGCAAGUGGCCAGGUCAGCAGAGCAGCUAUGGAAAGGCAUCUAGAGGUGCAGGCAGUCACCAGAAUAACUACCAACCAUACUAAAGAAAAAUUGAUAUAGUUAUUUCACUCCAGGUGGAGAAACGGAGGUAUAAACAUCAGUAUAGCAGAAGAGCAUGUGAAGAGGAAAUGUUAAACCUGAGAGCAUCUGUGUUUUCCUUUGGGACUUUUGUACCACAUGAAAUCUGAAGUCGACAUCUUUUGUGUCCCAAAUGUAUAUAGCAUCUAAACAUUUUUAUGUUAUAGUUACUUUGCUUUGUACGACUUGAAACGCAUUCCUUAACCUCUGUGUACUGUGAUAGUAUAUAAUAAAGUUGCUACUAACUGGUGUGAUGCAACACUUGUUUGUUGGCGUACACUGUUGUAUGUGCUGCAUUGCAUCUGUUGCUGAAAUAAAUGAGUAUGAAUGCUCA